AUGAUAUCUCCCCCACCUCACCACGUCCCGUGAGACCUGAAUGACUGUCGCUUUGCCCUGCCCUCUUCACUCCACUUACCGGUACCCUUUCUAACCCCAACCACUGUACUGCUAUCCAUCCCACCCCACAUACUUAAACACCAUCCCACACAACAUACAACGGCUAUCGCAACAAAUAAAUCUGACUCUAAGCUGCGAGAAAGCAGGCAAGCAACAUGAAUCUCUAUUCCACUAUUAUGUCGGUGCGAGAGUACCUCUCAAGUCCCUCACAUACCUCGACCUUCACUAGCACUGGCCAGCUCACCCCAGAAGAGUUCGUCGACGCUGGAGACUAUCUCACCUACAAGUUCCCCACCUGGAGCUGGCAGCCAGCUGCACCGGGAAAGAGCGUUAGCCAUCUACCUGAAGCCAAGCAGUUCCUAAAGCUCCUCCACGCUCCGUGUCAUUCUCGUCUUGAUGAUAGUUUUUCCCCUUGGAACCCUGGCGAGGCUAUUGAGGGUGUAGAUGAGUGGGAAGACAACACUCCUACCAAAGAUGGGGACCCUCCGACUCCUGCCAAAGUAAAGACCGUAGAUGACAAGGGCGUCGAGGAAGAGGAAGAGGAGGACGAGGAAAUCCCAGAUAUGGAUGAUGAUGAAGAGGAUGACGAUGAGGCCAUCAUCAAGGAGGGCGCGAGGGGAAAGAGCGCAGACGGAAAGUCCGGAAAAUCGUGAGUUUGCCACCCUAAUACCUUUUGCAUCACCUCACAUCCUAGAGCAUAGCUUACAAGUUGAAUAGACCUCUACGGUACUACAACCUUUACCUUGCUUACUCCACGUACUACCGUACCCCGCGUCUAUACAUCUCCGGGCACGACGGAGCUACCGGGCUCCCGCUCACCCCACCUACAAUUAUGUUCGAGGACAUCGCUCCCGAUUACCGCGAGAAGACGGUAACUAUUGAAGAGUUCCCUCCAGAGGGCACACUGAUGGCGACCGUACAUCCAUGCAAGCACGCCGAGGCCAUGAAGCGUAUCUUCGACAGCAUGCUCCGACGCAAAGAGCGGGAAGAUUGGGAAGAAGUACCUCCUGCAAAUUCCGAUGAUAAAGAAGAAGAAACAGUUGCCAGAGCGGAGAAUGAUAGCGGACUAAGGGUUGACCAAUAUAUGGUUGUAUUCGUCAAGUUCAUAGCUGGUGUCGUUCCCGGGGUAGAAAUGGACUAUACCAUGAGCAUCUAGGCUGGCAGGAUUCGGAUGGGUUUUUAGUAUCUCCUUCAUUUCCCUUUUUAGUACUUCCUGCUUAUGGGUGGUUGAGGGCUACACGGAGCUCUGUUUUGCUGCUUUUUGAUUAUUUUUUUCUUUUAAGUUGCACUUUUACUUUACUUUAUUCGCUGUAUGAAGGGGUUGGCGGUGUUCUGUCGUGUUCUGAGAUAUAAGAGGUUUUUUCCUCUGCUCUUCCCUUUUACCUGUAGUUACUGUAGCUAUUAUUUCGCGGUCUGGAUGAAUCGAGUAGUGAUUCAUGUUUACAUCUUUAGAAUACGGAAUAUGUUUCUUUGGGGCUCGUAAAGAUAGGCGUACUAUGAAUAAUAUAAAUACGAUAGGGACAUAAUCACAGGGAAUCUCUCUCGAUAUUUCCCCUGUGCUCCGCUCUAGGACGUGGGGAAGCGGUCGUCGGUGUAACAGUUUCUUCACGCCUUGUGCUUCUCACUCUAACAUACGAUUUGACUAAUACCGCUAUGCUGACGAGCCCU